AUGGCUACGCUUCCCCGGCCAAAGGAUACUUAUGCAGGCCGUAGCGUCGAAGUCAGGGAGUCAGAGUUCAACGUGGCUCUCACGAAGCUGAAGAACAUCGUCAGUCGGAACCGGGUCAGGAGGGAGGCGCAGGAUCAGAGACGACAUGAGAAGAAGGGUUACAAGCGGAGAAGGUUGGCAAGUGUUCGCUGGAGGAAGCGGUUCGCGUACGAGGUUCGGAAGAAGAUCCAGCUCGUCAACGCCAUCCGUGCGCGGGGUGCAUGA